CGGGGGGGAGGCUGUAGAUGGCGUCCAGCAGCCUUCCAGCCCGGCCCGGCCCCCCAUUCCUCGGCCCCCAAUCCCGGGUCCGGUCCAGCCCCCUCUCCUUGGGCUUGACCGGCCCGGGCGCCGCGAUGACUGUCACGUACACAGCUUGCGUGGCGAACGCGCGCUUCGGCGGCUUCUCGAAGCUGCUGCUGCUGUGGCGCGGGAGCAUCUACAAACUUCUGUGGCGCGAGCUGCUGUGUUUCCUUGGGCUCUACAUGGCGCUGAGUGCCGCCUAUCGCUUCGUGCUGACCGAAGAGCAGAAGCGCUACUUUGAGAAGCUCGUUCUUUACUGCGACCAGUACGCCAGUCUCAUCCCGGUCUCUUUUGUGCUCGGCUUCUACGUAACGCUGGUGGUGCACCGCUGGUGGAACCAGUACCUAUGCAUGCCCCUGCCCGACGCGCUCAUGUGCGUGGUGGUCGGCACAGUGCACGGGCGCGACGAGCGCGGCCGCCUCUACCGACGCACGCUCAUGCGCUAUGCAGGACUCUCUGCUGUGCUUAUCCUGCGCUCUGUCAGCACCGCUGUCUUCAAGCGCUUCCCCACCAUAGACCAUGUGGUGGAAGCAGGGUUUAUGACCCGCGAGGAGCGCAAGAAGUUCGAGAACCUGAACUCAUCCUACAACAAGUACUGGGUGCCUUGCGUCUGGUUCUCCAACCUGGCGGCGCAGGCUCAGCGCGAGGGCCGCAUCCGCAACAACGGCGCCCUUAAGCUGCUGCUGGAGGAGCUGACUGUGUUUCGGGCCAAGUGUGGGAUGCUCUUUCACUACGACUGGAUUAGCAUACCCCUUGUCUACACCCAGGUGGUGACCAUCGCUGUGUACAGCUACUUCCUGGCCUGCCUCAUCGGUCGCCAGUUCCUGGACCCGGCGCAGGGCUACAAAGACCACGACCUGGACCUGUGCGUACCCAUCUUCACCCUGCUGCAGUUCUUCUUCUACGCGGGCUGGCUCAAGGUAGCUGAGCAGCUCAUCAACCCCUUCGGAGAGGACGACGAUGACUUUGAGACCAACUUUCUGAUCGACCGCAACUUCCAAGUGUCAAUGCUGGCCGUGGACGAGAUGUACGACGACCUGGCCAUGCUGGAGAAGGACCUAUACUGGGACGCAGCUGAGGCUCGCGCUCCCUACACCGCUGCCACCGCCUUCCUGUUGCAGCAGCCCUCCUUCCAGGGCUCCACCUUCGACAUCACGCUGGCCAAGGAGGACAUGCAGUUCCAGCGGCAGGACGGCGUGGAUGCACCGCUGAGCGAGGCACACGGCGACUUCCUGCAGCGCCUCCUGCCGGUGGGCGCGGGCAUGGCCGCUGGAGGCCUGCUGGGCCGGCGCCUGUCUUUACUGCGCCGCAAGAACAGCUGCGUGUCGGAGGAAUCCACAGCCGCCAGCUGCGCAUGCGCGGGCGCCCCUGAUGGCGCGGCCCCAGAGUGCAGUUGCAGUGACGCCCUGCUACCCUUAGGCCUGCCAGAGCCGGAGUCUGAGCCCCACGCCGGCCGCGAGCCGCCAGCCCCCGGGCCACCCGCCGAGCCCUUCACCGUUGUGCCAAUGCCCGGGCCCCGGGGGCCGGCUCCACCCUGGCUGCCCAGCCCCAUUGGCGAGGAGGAGGAGAGUCUAACCUGAGACCCUUGGACCCUGGAUCCCCAAGGAUAGAGAAAAUGCCCCAGCACCGCCCGCAAGCAGUGGUUUGGGCUUUAUAAGCUGCCUGUGGACUCCGCCUGCCCGCUUCUUACCUGCCUGCGUCCCGCCUUUACGUUUGGCACAGAGGCUUGGAGCGCCUCCCGUGGGCCAGGCACUGCACUGAGGGCAGGGUAUUCUUCCAGCAUCUUUGAACUGUCGGUCCUUACCACCAGCUCUACUUCCUACCCGCCACUGCGUGACAGUUUUUAUCAGUGUGCCUUGCCUUUCUUCUUUCCUCAAAUUGGACAUAUGAGUGCCCACCUCAAUGCGCUGUGAGGAUGAAAUGAAAUGUGGCUUUAAAGUGUUUGGUACAUAAUAGGUGCUCAAUAAACUUUUAGUGUU